AUGUGCCAUGGGAAGCUCCCAGAGGUGCACCUCACUUGGGCCAGGCUCCUUGGAAAUGCCACAGCAGUGCAGCAGCAGGAUGAUGUGUAUGCAGUGGAUGUGGUGCUUUCCAUUUUUCCAUAUUUGCAUCAAUUCUACUCUUUUUUUGGCCUGUGUCCCACCUCGUUCUACAGCAACCAGGUGGUGUCUGGUGCUGACUUGAGCAGCACUGUGCCAGCCAUGGAGAGAGUGUGUGCUGCAGUUUGCACGGCUUUUUCCGUGGCUUACUCUGGCUACUUCUUCACCCACCUGGCACGUCACAUUGCCCGUACCUGGAGACAAUCCGGUCCUUGGAGCCCAAAAGCAAGCUGCGAGCCUCCUCUGGCUGCGUGCCUUGCUGAGGAAGAGGCUGAAGGGGAGGAAGAUGGCCAGCAAGCUGCAGCUGCUGCCACUGCGGAGCCUCAGCAUCCAGCAUCAAGCGCAAGGGCAGCACCAGCACCUGCUCUGGCUGCCUGUGUAGGCGAGGCAGAGGCUGAAGAGGAUGAAGGUGCCAAUGAAGCUGCCCCUGCUGUCAGCCCGUGGCCUGAGCAGCCAGCAUCAAGCUCCGCCUCCUGUCUCGAGGCACCUGCACGAGCUGCAGCUGCAGGCUCUGAAGAAGCCUGCAGCGCCCGAGCUGGAAACCCAAGCACCAGCAGCUCGGCUACCUGGAGCACAAGUAGUUCCUCUGGCAGCACAGAGCAUCUGCCAGAGAGGACCGAGGACGAGUGGCUGGCCAUGCUGAGGAUGCUGGUGAGCGAAGGCGAUCCAGAGGCUAAAUACACAGACCUGGAAACAAUUGGCAAAGGGGGUUUCGGCACUGUGAGUACGGCAGUGGACACUGCCACAGGAGAAGAGGUGGCCAUAAAGAUAAUCGAUCUCCUGCAAGAGAGCAGCAAUGAGCUAUGCGUGAAGGAAAUCCAGGUCAUGCGUGACAAUAAGAACGCCAACCUAGUGACCUAUGUAGACAGCUACCUGGUACACGAGGAACUCUGGCUCGUGAUGGAAUACAUGGACGGAGGUUCCUUACACGACAUCAUCAGGGAAGCCAGGAUGGUAGAAGGAGAGAUAGCAGUUGUCUCUCGGGAGUGCCUGCAAGGCCUGGAUUUCCUUCACUGCAAGCAAAUCAUCCACCGAGAUAUCAAAAGCCACAACAUUCUCCUGGGCUUGGAUGGAUCUGUCAAGUUGGCUGAUUUUGGACUCGCUGCUCAGCUGACGGCUGAGCAGAGCAAACGGAGAUCAGCUGUCGGCACUACUUACUGGAUGGCGCCAGAAAUUUUCAGCAGGAAGCCCUACGGUCCCAAAGUGGACAUCUGGUCCUUUGGCAUCGUGGGCAUGGAGAUGGUGGAAGGAGCGCCUCCUUACCUGAUGAAAAGCUCCCACACGGUUCGACAGCUGAUAAGCACCGGGGGCAGCCCGAAACUGCAGAAGCCCAGGCAGCAGUCCGCUUGGCUGCGAGACUUUCUGCACUGCUGCCUGGAGACAGAUGAGGACAGGCGCUGGUCUGCCCAGGAACUUCUGCAGCACCCGUUUGUAAGAUCAGCCAAGCCGACCUCCAGCCUGACGCCUCUGAUCGUGGCAGUGCGGCAGUGUAUGGCCCAGAGGGAAUACUAG